AUGGAGCAGCAGCGUCUAUUCUGUUGGAGUGAGGCCUCUGGGCUGCUUGAUCUUGAUGCUAAGAAUCAGGAAAAGGUCUUGAACUCAAACGUGUUCAAUCUUCAUCGUCAGACGGUGAUUGAUCUGCUUGUUCAAAUUCAGUGCCUGUUUAACGACUUCACUGAGUAUCAGAAAAAGCAUCAUAAUCUCUCUACUGUCGUGGACAAGGACGGUGCUUUGGAGUCCCCGGAGGAGGAUGCUAAACUAUCAAACUAUCCUAUGACGGCAAAGAAACGGAACUUUAUUAAGAAAGCCAUGAAUGAUCUCAAGACCAAGUCCUCUGAUAAUCUUACUAGGUUAAAAUGGUCUUCGUUUGACAAGCAGGGAUUUGAGAAGCUGUUGGCCAAGUUCUCAGUUCUUAAUGACAACAUGACUAACAUCCUUGACCACUCGUUGCAAGUCGAGAUUCGCAAUACUGUCCAGGAUACAAAUCGGGGGGUCCUACUACUCCAUCACAAGAUAGCUGAUCUGAGUCAUCUUGUGUUGGCACUCAAGUCCCAGCUUGACACGGGCUCUUCAGGAGGACCAUCGCAAAUGUCCAAGCUGGAGAGGGAGGCCAACGCUGACGCCCUGAGGCAGUUGUCGAGACUUGCCAAGUUUAAGGCGUUCAAUGAAACCGUAGACCCCAAGUCAGAUGGACCAACAGUUGUCGAUGAAGCUGCUGCCAAGUUCCUAGAUCUUGCAAAGCCCGGUCAUCAACGGAACCUGUUCAUCCCGCGAUACCUUAUGGAGCUGGACCCUGAGGUCGAUGAUACUGAAGCCCCACGGUGCGAAGCAUUUAUGAAAUCGGCUGAAGGUAAGAAGAAAGUCUGGAUCGAAUGGAAGGACUAUGACAACGCAGAUACACAACCAGGUUCUCUUUCGAAAGCCGAUAUAAUCGAGCGAGUUCGCAAAUUGGCUGCUCUGCUCAAUCACAGUCCAAAACCGGAAGCGUUUCGCACUCCCCACUGUCUUGGUUUCUUCGACAAAGCCGACCCAAACAUAUCUGAGGACGACGUCGACAUUCUUGAUCGUCGACUUGGUCUCAUAUUCGAACGCCCAUCAGGCGAUAACUUACAUGUGUCGCUGCCGCCUGUCUCGCUUCGUGAACUUCUGCGGGAUUCCAAAGUUCGCAAACCUCGAGUUACAGAACGAAUUCACCUCGCACACGCUAUCAGCAACUGCCUUCUCUACCUCCAUGCCGUCGGUUGGCUACACAAAGGUCUUCGCAGCCAUAACGUGUUAUUCUUCCGAACACGCGAUGGCCAUGUGGAUUAUCGGCAGCCAUUUCUAUCGGGUUUUGACUUUUCCCGUCCGGGCGGCUCAGACGAGAUGACAGACGCACCGGGAGAUGAUGCAGAGCACGAUCUUUACAGGCACCCAAACGCCCAGUCGAACCGCCGACGAGACAGAGAGCGCUCAAAGAAGAGCUUCGAUAUUUACAGCCUCGGCGUAAUUCUGGUUGAAUUGGCACACUGGCAACCUGUUGAAGAUAUUUUGAGAAUCGAUAUGCGACGUGCGCGUGGACGACCAGAUGUGGUGCGCGGAAUUCGAGAAGCUCUGCUGAGAGAGGAUAGAGUUGCAGCUGUGGGGGCUGAUAUGGGAGAGAGAUUUGAAGAUGCCACGAGGAAAUGCCUGGCUGGUGGUGAGGAACUGGGUCUUAGAGAAGGAGAUGACGAGACGCAAGAUGAAGUUGCUGAAAGGUUGUCCAUGAAGUUCUUCAAGGAUGUGGUAAAACGACUCGAGGAAGUGGUUGUCUAG